UGGGCAGCUUGGGCACAUGUCGAUGGCUGUUCGAUCGGGUCGGUUGGUUUGUGGGCACCGCGGCGCCCUGCUGUUGCUCCUCCUAAUCUUGGCCGGCACCUUGGUGAUCCUCCACCGGAUCGUCCAGUCGCCGCUCCUCAAUCAAUACGAAAUCCUGCAGGAUCACUUGGAACGCCAGCAGAAGCAGAAUGCCCGAUCCACCCGCACCAUUCUGCUGUGGAGCGAAUUCUUCGGGGAUCCGCGAUGGAAGCUAUCCUGGGACACUCUGGGACCGCAGGAUCUACGGGAUGAUCUCCAGUGCCCAGUGUACCAGUGCGAGGUGACCAACCAGCACGACUUUCUGCCCAUGGAGCUGUACGAUGCCAUCGUCUUCCAUGCGGCGGAGAUGUUCCCGCUCCUGCGACCGCUUCCCUCGCAGAGGAGUCCCCACCAGGCCUACGUCUUCGCCCUGAUGGAGUCGCCCGGGGAGACCAAGCACCGACUGGACGACGAGGAGGGCUUCUACAACCUCACCAUGACCUACCGCCUGGACUCGGACGUGGUCUGGCCCUACGGCCAGCUGCUGGACAUCGAGACGGACGCCGUGGUGGCGCCCAGUGCGAGUCCCUAUUGGAGGAAGCCCCCCGCCUCGUUUAACGACUCCGUGGUCUGGGAUCUCUGGUCGGGGAAGACCAAGAUGGCCGCCUGGUUCGUCUCCCACUGCGAAACGCUGUCGAAAAGGGAGAUCCUGGCCGAACGACUUCAGGAAUUCCUGCCAGUGGACAUCUACGGAAAAUGCGGAACCUUAAGCUGCGACCGAGGGGAUCCGCGCUGCGACGAGAUGCUGGACACGGACUACCUCUUCUACCUGGCCUUCGAGAACUCGCUGUGCGACGACUAUGUGACGGAGAAGCUCUUUGAUGCCCUGCGCCGGAACAUAGUACCCGUGGUCUUCGGCGGAGCGGACUACUCCCGCAUCCUGCCCCCGCACUCGUACAUCGAUGCGAAUCGCUUCGAGACGGUGCAGGAACUGGCCCAGUACCUGAACUUCGUGGCAGGUGAUCCGGAGGAGUAUGUGGGCUACUUCUGGUGGCGAACCCACUACCGUUUGGCCUCCACGUCGCCCUUUUGCGACCUGUGCGCCCGGCUCCAUGCGCCCGGAAGUGUCCACAAAACGCAGUUCUACGGCGACAUCCAGUCCUGGUGGUUCAACAGUUGUCGCCUGAAGAGCCAGAUACAUUUGUGAUUCUUGAGUCCCACUCUCAUUUAAGUCGUAUUAGAAGAAAUUUGUGGAGAAAAUAUGCCAUUUAGGGUCUGUGCAUUGGCUUCAAAGUUGAUCACUCAUACGCACUGUUGCCUUUGAUCAAAUAAUUUAUUCUAACUGACAUCACAGGUCGUAUAAGGAAUUUGUACGGAUAUUUUGAGACCAUUGCGCAACGCCUAAGACUUAAAAUAAAUUUAGAAUAUUAAACAGU